CGAUCGAGCAGUUCUAGCUGAGAUCGCUUUGAGUAAAGACGUCGCCGCCAUCAGGAGAUAAUUUCGAAUCGAACUGCUGCAUCUAGUAUAGCCAGACCACAACAACAGUAUUUGUUUAUAUUUCCACACAUAGACUACAUUUUAAAUAAAUUAUGAAAUCAGUGGCGUUGCACAAGUUUCUGGCGUUCUAUUCGUUGCUGAUUGCCUGCGCGUGGGGUCAGCUAUUGAAUCAACAGCAACAGCCACAAGUACAGACAGUGCAGCGCCCAGUGUUCUUCAUUAAACAUAAUAUAAGACCCGAGGAAGCCAAAAAUUAUCAGAUUUCAGUGCCCAGUGCUCCAAAAGCGGGGGAACCUUGCCUGACAAUAUCCUGGAAGUCCAAUCCUGACGGCAGUGAACCCGCCUUUCCACAGAUCUAUAUGGGAAAUGGCUAUUUCGGCAUUCUCCCACCGACAGUUGUUACCCAACAAAGGACAUGAACUGUAUUUAUUUUUUAAAUAUGUAUUAGCUUUUAAACAUAUUUCGGUAUUUAAAUCAAAAAAAUAAAAAUCAUUUUCCAAUUACCACCCUUAAUCAAUCAACUCCCAACAAACCUACUGU